GCUUCCCCAAUAUACCUCCAGAACCAGACUGUAGGCCAUCUGACCGUUUUAUAUCUACAUCAUGGCUCCAACCGCACUUGGAUUCGGCGUCGAGAUCGAAGCCGUGGCCAAGCCUUACAAAAUCCGACCAAACUGGUCUCCAUACGAAUACUACGAACGACUCGCGCAGGCCCUGCGAAACCGACAUCUAGCAGCAAAGGCAGACGUCGCCGGCUCCCGAUACCAGAAGCACCCCGAAUACUACAACCAGUGGUUCAUUACCAGAGACGGAUCCCUGCCCGCUUCAACCACCGGAGGAAACAUCAGCAUGGAAGUGGUAUCCCCGAAGCUGCGCUCCGACGGCGACUGGGAAAAAGAAAUCGAGCUAUUCUGGGAAGCCAUGCGCAAGGUCUUCAAGAUCCAGACAGACACACACUGCGGGAGUCAUAUCCACGUCGCGCCCAUCGGGACCCGGUUCAGUCUCGAGGACCUCAAGCGAAUCUCCUUCGCGAUCUGUCUAUACGAGAACCCCAUCAGCGUCCUGCUGCCUACCGAGCGCCGCAACAAUACCUACUGUAAGCUGAAUUCGCAGUCUUCGCAGAGGCUACGGCAGACGCUGCAAAGACGUACGGCGACGACGCUGAGGCAACUUGCGAAUGAGAUUAAGGCGAUAGCGCGGGUUGGUGAUUUCUGUGGCUAUAUGCAGGCGGAUAGGUAUGUGUUGUGGAAUUUUGCGAAUACGGCUGGAAGUGGGUCGGGGACGGUGGAGUUUCGGGGUGGGAGGCAUCUGAGAGGGAGGUUUCGGACGAAGAGGUGGAUUACCUUUACAGUGGUGUUUAUUCUGAUGGCUAUGGAGGAGGCGCUGGUGAAUUCGUCCAAGUCGUAUAAGGUCUGGACGAACUCUCAGGCAGAUGCUACGAAAUUCUGGGAGAAGAUUAAGAAGCAUGCAAAUCGGUUAAGGCUGGGGUCUAGUAUUCCAGAUACCUAUGGGAGUAUGAAUGAGGGUGCCUGAGUGCAGGUAUAUGGUGUAUACAGCUCUUUAUUCUAUAUAUACAAUUAAAUUCACAUUGA